UGCUGUGCUCUCCCUCUCUUGGUACCAGCAAUAUACUAGGCUUCUACACGGAUACCGACCCCUGUCGCGUUGACGGCCUCCAGAGCACCGUGGUCAUUGGCCUGCCGCAAAGACGGGAUGGCUUCUGUAGCUCGUUUCUUGCAGGCGGUGGCUUUGUGGCUGUGCCUCUGCGCCGGCCGAGCGUUCGUUGCGCUACCAACAGCAGCACCUCGUAGGGUCGCGAGACGAGCGGCGACGGGCGAUGCAGCACGGAGUCAACAGCCCGUGGGCUGUUGCGGGUUGACACAGCAGAGGGUUUCCCAGCGCUCUGGAUGGCUUAGCAUGUCGUCGGCGACGGAUCAGGACGUGUCUACGGGGGGGGGGACGGGAACAGGAGUGCAGACGAUCGUGAAGGAGAAGGUCAAGGAGAUGGUGGAGGUGGACAACAAGGAGGAGCUGGACAAGGAGCAGUGGUGGCGAGUAAUCCUCCACAACGACGAGAUUCACACGUUCGAUUACGUCACGCAGUCUAUCACCAAGGUGGUGAAGAAGCUGACGAUGAAAAAAGCCUACGAGGUCACGAUGGAGACCCACAAGUCAGGGAAGGCGACGGUGACGCAGGCGUGGAAGAGCAAGUCGGAGAGCUACUGCUUGCAGUUACAACAAUGUGGGCUGACGGCGUCCAUCGCCCCCGACAGCAAGUUCGAAGGGGGCGGCGAAGGCGAAGAGGGCGGCGAGUAGCCAUCUCAUACUACUACUAGCGCGUGUGGCACGCACGAGACAGAGACAACGACAAAGACAAGGGUGCAGAAAUACGGCAGGGCGGCCGGGGUAGGUGGGGGGGCUCUACCAUGUCCGUACGUCCAUGGCGGCGGGUGAAUUUUUUAUUGGCUUUAGAAAUGCCUUGCAAAUUUCUAGCAUAGUUGGGCGGAAAGGUUUUGAGUUUUCCUCUCGACUAGCGAUUUGACCACAUUUUGGGAGGCAGAUGGAGAGUACUGGAGGGCUUGAACAGUACCAUAUCAGGCGUGUUCCUGCUGCUCCGAGGGUUGGACCUCAAGUUGCCGUGUGAGCGUUGUUUUUGCUGACGCCGCACGUGUUCGGUCCACGCACCCAAUUUCUUCUCACACCAGGAAGCCAGAAGUCCCACUAUUUAGCUAUUUAGUCGACAGCUGCGGUGUCGCGUUAAGAUGGGUGUCUUUUUUAGUUUCCCUGUCCCCACGUCUUUCGGUGUAGGCCCAGUUUCCACCCCCUGCACCUGCGCCUGCUGCGGUUUGUUUUCCCCUCCGCGUGGGGUGCCCAGGGGUUGGCCGGUGGGGGUUGCCGAAACUAGACACGCCUGCCUGUUGCAAUUGAUUUUUUUGACACUUAUCAUGCGCUCUUACUGAAGUUGCACAACGUGUUGUUGCACAACCGAGGACGAAACGCACGAAUGACCGUAUAAUUGAGUUCUUGAGGAUUGUGAACCCGCGCAUGCCGACCCCUCGAGAAAGUCGCAUGGAUGGGUUGAACAACAAACUCUUGUUGGUACAGCGGUAGCACGACUGACUAGGGAACUUUGAAUAUUUGUGCCGAAAGAUGUUUAUCUCCGUAGACCAAAAAAAAAGCGCAUCCCUCUCGACUGGGUUUAUAUCUCAAACGGGUAGUCUAUGAGAUUAUGCUUUCUCUG